UGAGAAAGCAUGUCAUGAUGACUCUGCUCGACACAGAACAGUCCUAUGUGGAGUCGCUGCGCACUUUAAUUCAGGGAUACAUGAGGCCUCUGAAGCAGCCGGAGAACUCGUUCAUCUGCGACCCCUCUCUGGUGGAUGAGAUGUUCUUCCAGAUCCCAGAAAUCCUGGAGCACCACGAGCAGUUCCUGGAGCAGGUCCUGGUGUGUGUCCAUGACUGGCACGCCAAGCAGAAAGUGGGGGACCUGCUCACCGAGUCGUUUUCAAAGGAUAUACUUGUGAAUAUUUAUUCAGCGUACAUCGAUAACUUCCUGAACGCCAAAGAUGCUGUGAGAAUAGCCAAGGAGGCCAAACCUGCGUUUCUGAAGUUUUUAGAGCAAUGCACAAGAGAGAACAAGGAGAAGCAAGCUCUCGCAGACCUAAUGAUCAAGCCGGUCCAGAGGAUUCCUCGCUAUGAGCUUCUCGUCAAGGACCUUUUGAAGCACACUCCUGAGGACCAUCCAGACCACCCCUUCCUGUUGGACGCACAGAAGAAUAUCAAGCGACUGGCGGAGAGGAUUAACAAGGGAAGGAAGAACGCAGAGGAAGUCGAGAGGGAGACCCGAGUGCUGCAGGAGAUCGAGUCCCACGUUGAAGGGAUAGAGAAUCUUUUGAAUCCUCAAAGGAAGUUUCUAAGACAGGAGAUGGUUGUGGAAGUGAAGACUGUAGGCGGUAAAAAGGACCGAUCGUUAUUCCUCUUCACUGACUUGCUGAUUUGUACAACGCUGAAGCGAAAGUCAGGAUCUCUUCGCCGCAGUUCCGUGAGUCUCUAUAAUGCUGCAAGUGUUAUAGACACAUCGAGCAAAUACAAGUCUCUAUGGAAACUGCCUUUAGAAGACGUGGAAAUAGUAAAAGGCACUUCCCAGGCGACGAACCGGGAGAACAUUCAGAAGACUAUAGGACGCCUAGAUGAGGAUCUCAGCACAUUGGGGCAGAUCAGCAAGCUGUCUGAGACACUCAGCUUCCCCCAUCAGAGCCUGGAUGAUGUGAUCAAAGACCUGAUGGCCGCAGUUCAUCGUGAGCUGGCAGAGAAGCAGUCGCUCUCCUUCAGCAUGACCUUCCCGCCCACCAAAGUGGAGCUGACAACCUCCUCUCUCGAGGGGAGCUUCGUAUUCGAGUUCAGCGCGCCGGACACGCGUAGCAGCUUCGAGCAGGCCUUUGAGGAUGCGAAGAAGAAAUUGGCAAUGAACAAAGAUCACUGGGACCCAGAGUUUCUGAAGGCUAUUCCCAUCAUGAAAACAAGAAGUGGAAUGCAGUUCUCCUGCGCGUCCCCCAGUCACAGCUGCCCUGAGAACACCUACGAGGUGUGGGUGUGUAACAGUGACGGCUACGUUGGCCAGGUCUGCCUCCUGAACAUCAAGAACGAGCCCACUGUGGAGGCCUGCAUCGCUGUGUGUUCAGCCCGCAUCAUCUGCAUUGCCGCCGUGCCGGGCCUCAAAGGCAGGUCUGUUUGCGGUGCUGACUCCAACUUGGCACAGUUUAAAUCACUAGUAGUUGUACAGCCUGAAGCAGUCAUUUCAAGGGAGCGCGGGGAGUCCCUGCAGAGCCCCCUCUCCUCGGAGCCUAACCCCAACCCCCCCUCCUCGGAGCCGCGGCUACACAUCUCGAUCUCGGGGUCCUCCCUGGAGCUGGCAGAGCCCCCCGACGGGGCGGGCCAGGAGCUGGUGCCCUUCGAUAGCGACGACACGGAUGAUGAGUCCUCGCCAAGCCCCUCCUCCACACUGCAGAGUCAGGCCAGCCACUCCACCAUCUCCUCCAGCUUCGGCAAUGAGGAAACGGCCAGCUCCAAGGAAAUGGCGGCAGAGACGACAAGCUCGGAGGAGGAGCAGGAGUUCCCAGCCAUCCCCAGCUCGUACGGUCAAUCGUGCCUUAGCAACGAGAGCCCCAUGGACGGACGGGCAAUGAGACGGUCAAGCCGGGGGUCCUUCACCCGAGGCAGCCUGGAGGACCUAUUGAGCAUCGAUCCUGAGGCCUACCAGAGCUCAGUGUGGCUGGGCACCGAGGAUGGAUGCAUCCAUGUGUAUCAGUCAUCUGACAACAUCCGAAACAGGAAGAACAGUAUGAAGAUGCAGCACUCCGCAUCUGUCUUGUGUGUCUUGUACCUUGACAACAAGGUGUUUGUAUCUCUGGCAAAUGGUGAAAUGAUUGUCUAUCAAAGGGAAGCAGGUGAGGAAACCAAGAGUGACCAGAGUCUGACUGGAGGCUGUCCCAGUCCAGGAAGUUUCUGGGAUCCCCAAAACUCCCAGACGCUGUGUCUAGGUACCCCUGGGAACCCAGUCACCAAGAUGGUGCCAGUGGCAGGGAAGCUGUGGUGCGGCUGUCAGAACCGGGUCCUCAUCAUUAACACAGCCACACUCUCACAGGAGCACAUGUUCCAGAUUGGGCAGGACAGUUCCCGUUGUGUGACGAGCAUGGUGAGCUAUGGCCUGGGUGUGUGGAUAGCCAUCCAGGGUAGCGCCCAGGUGAGACUGUACCACGCUGCCACCUACGAGACCCUCACUGAGGUGGACGUGGCCCCCGCUGUGCACAAAAUGCUGGCAGGUUCAGAUGCCAUAAUCCGUCAGCACAAAGCCGCUUGCUUGCGCAUCACAGCACUCCUGGCCUGUAAAGACCUGCUGUGGAUUGGGACAAGUGCUGGUGUGGUGUUAACACUGUCCAUUCCACCCAUGUCCACCAACACCAGCUCCCAGCGCACCCCCCUGGUGCCUAUGGGCUCCGCGCACGGACACACGGGCCAUGUGCGCUUCCUCACCUCCAUUGAGCUGCCCGAGGACUUCGACGAGGGCUGCCCGCUACCCAGAGAGCACGGUAAUUCCACCCUGGCUAGUGAGAGUGCUGCCGGGCUGCAGCGGCGAGACUCCACGAGACGCAGAGCCUCCACCGUCAUCCAGUCCAAAUCCAACUUGCUGGUGAUCAGCGGAGGGGAUGGCUAUGAAGACUUUCGGCUGACCAGCAGCAGUGAGACUGUGGGGCGUGACGACAGCACAAACCAUCUCCUCCUGUGGAGGGUUUGAUCCUCACCACCGUCCUCUGAUACUACUUACUCACCAGCGACCCUGCGAAAAGUGACAGUCGUUGUUACAUUCACCGCUGCUGACCAACGGCUGAUUGUCGUGUCCCCCUGUGUGUGUCAGUUCUUCUUUUUUUUUUUUGGU